AUGGCUACCAUGAGGCUACUGACGGCGUCCGGUCUGUUUUUGGCCUUCUGCGCGCUCGCGCUGCUGGUCGUGGCCAUCGGCACGGACUACUGGUACGAGACGGACGCGCGCAGGCACCGCGAGCGCUGCAAGAAAUACGCCAGCAAGAGGACGGACCCGGGAUACAUCUACAUCUCCAACCAGAACCUGCCUCUGCGCAUGCUGCCGAGGGGGGGCGGCGGCGGAGGGGGCAGCCCGGUGUCCGGCGGCCAGCCCGCGCUUCUCCGGGCCAAACGGGAAUUCCUGUCUCCCGCCUCGGCCGUGGAGUCCCGCUGCAGCCGGCGAUACAACUCCACGGCCACUGGGCUGUGGAGGAAAUGCCACAGGGAGGGCUUCGACCAGGAGAACGAGGAUCUCAUCUUUAAAGGUUUGCUUCAGCGCUGCACUCCAGUGAAAUAUUAUUACUCCUCAUCCAAUAUCCCACGCAAUCUUCCAGUGAACAUUACAAAGACAAUACGGCAGGACGAGUGGCAUGCUCUGCAUUUGCAGAGGAUGACUGCAGGGUUCAUAGGCAUGGCCGUGUCCAUCAUCCUGUUCGGCUGGAUCAUUGGUGUGUUGGGCUGCUGUCAGCACAACGAGCUGAUGCAGUAUGUAGCUGGCCUGCUCUUCCUAAUGGGCGGGACCUGCUGUAUCAUCUCUCUGUGCACAUGCGUGGCCGGUAUAAACUUCGAGCUGUCGCGGUACCCUCGGUACCUGUAUGGUCUGCCGGAGGACAUCAGUCAUGGUUACGGCUGGUCCAUGUUCAGCGCCUGGGCCGGCCUGGGCCUCACACUGCUGGCCGGCUUCCUCUGCACGCUGGCCCCUUCUCUGCACAGCCCACAGACCACCACUGUACACAAACCCCGGCAGGAGAACGGCAUGGUGUGACAGACUUACAGGGAUAACACAUACUGAACACAGCUACAUAAGCACACACACACACACACACACACACACACACACACACACACACCACAAAGAACGCACACCCUGCAGAGAGGAACCAGGACCCUGCACUGGAUCAUAGCAGCCUGAGAGGAAGGAUCAAUGGGACAACGAAUAUAAUAUUAAUUUAAAAAAGACUGAAAAUAAAUAAAUGAACAAUACAGAUAAACUGAACUCAGUGUGUGUUGCAAAGCAACAGAAGAAUUUACAGAAGAGCACAAAAAAGACAGAUACUCCUGAUGCCUGUCAUAGGGCUUAUCUUUAAUUCCAGAUGUUUUUUCUGUUCAUAUGGUGCUCUCUCUUCCUCUUUCUCUCUCUCUCCCCAUCUGUUCAUCUUUUUCUCCCUCUCUCCUUUUUUCUCUAUUUCUCCCUCUCUCUUUGUCUCUCUCCAUAUCUCUCUCUUUGACCUCUGACCGUCCCCCCCUCUCCCUUUUCUGUCUUUCUCACCUUCUGUCUCCCUAUCUCUCCUU